AUGUUAGUAAGUACUAAGCAUUUGUUAAACGAUAACCAUUCAUUUAAAUUGCUUGAUACAUUUUUUGUUCAGAUGACAGAACUUUCUGAUGGUUUUGCUAGUUUGAAAGAGUUAGAAGAUAUAUUCAAGGAUCGUUAUACCGAUAAAGAUAUUGAAUACCAGAACUACUUAGCACAGGCUAAUAUACCACCUCCUGUUAUACCUAAUUGGGACAAGCUGACCAGAAAUGGAAGUAAUAGCCGGGCUGGAUGGAAUGAUGGUGGAAGGUAUCGGAGGUCUAAUUAUCGACGUAAUAGUUUGGAUUAA